UGGGCUGCCAGAGAAGCCGGAAGUGGGCGAUGGAGGCUGAUGGAGUGAAGCUCUAUGAGGCCAAGGAGGGGUCCUUCUCGGAAAGCAACCGGACGGCGGCCUUUCAAGAAGUUGAAAUGUGAAAAGUGGAGUCCGGAAACGGUGGAGGCAGAAGAAGGCGGCAACGACAACCGUGGGCUUUGCUUGGGAGAGUCGGUAGGCAAGUCCUCCCUGGAAAUGGCCGACGAAAUACCGGUGGAGCAAGCGGUCCUCUGCAUGCAACCCUUCACGCCGGACGCCGACGGGUCUUUUCCGAAGAGCGAUGGCGAAGCUCUCUUUGGAACUGGGGUUCAGAAUGUGGAGGAGGAAGAGGAGGAGGAGGAGGAGGAAGAAGAGGAAGGAGGAGAAAGAAACGGAGCGGGGUGGUCGGACGAGUCGGAGAUGGAGCCGGAAGAGACCGAGAACCCGGCGCUCGAGUUCGACAACAGCGUAUUCUUGAACGAGGACAGCAACCAGCCGCUGCCGGUGGACCGGUUCUUUGGAAGCGUGGCCUUCAUGCAGGACCCUCCGCCGCCUCCGCCUCCUUUGAGGCCCGUCCCGAGCAGGAGAGAGUUCCGGAAGGCCCACUUCGUAGCCAAAGACGAUGACGACGAUGAGGAAGAAGAGGAGGAGGUCAUUUGAGAACAGCGAGGACGUCCAUACUGCCUAUUUCUUGUCUUGACAGCAUCUUCUCCAAGGGAUCUUCUUCCUUGGCGAGGUCCUGACCCAAGAGAGAGCGCCACUUGGGAGGAAAGAGAUCCCAUUUGUGAAGCCGAAAAGAGAAAAGACUCUGCAGUUUUCCCGAUGGACGGGAGAGGUUUCCCAAAGGAAAGUGCUCAAAUUUGCAAAUGAAAGGGCUACGAAACCUGACCUUAAGUGCCCGAAACAAGGCGCACACCAUUUUCAGACCGAUCAUUGCAAAUCUUUUGGUAUUUUGAACCGGAUUUCCGCUGCCGAGACGCUUCCGUCCCCAUGGCAUUUGCCGUAUAUAUGUUGUGCUCCUUUGGGGUGAGGAGGGCAGAAUAGAAAUGACUUUAAUUAAUCAAUGAAUAUAAAUCAGUGGAAGGAACGGCAUCCUAAGCACAGUGUUCCCAACAAUAAAGUGAUUCCGUCAAUCCAA